ACAACCUGUUCACCGCUCCCACAUUCCUGCAUCGAUGAUGGCGUCAUGAAGUGUUCCUCAAACAUCACUGACAUUCCCAUACUUACAUCAAACCCUCAUCAUCCACAGGACUGAGCUCCAAACUCCUGACUAUUCUUACAGCAGAACUAUCAUGAUGUUGGAAAUCUACCUGGUAAUGACAAUUGCUGCCAGUGCUGUUUCUCAAGAGGGAGAAGAGACUGUAUCAUAUACGCAGUGCACAGAAGGCUAUGAAUAUGAUCCCAUUAAAGAGGUAUGCAAAGAUAUUGAUGAGUGUGCCCUUGUCUCUGAUGCCUGCAAAGGAGGCAUGAAGUGCAUAAAUCACUAUGGCGGCUACCUCUGCCUCCCUCAGAAUGCCCAGAUUUUUGUCACCAAUGGAGAUGAAUCAUCCAAGCCCACAGACACCAUUCCCCAAACCCCCCUUAACCCGCUGAACCCCACUAACCCACAGACCCCUCAAACUUGCACCCAGUCAAACCAUAGAGGUGUAGCAGCUGGAGCCACACAGUGCUUGCUGGGUUUUACACUGGAUAAGCAAAACUACUGCCAAGAUGUAGAUGAAUGCUCUAAAGGCCUACACACAUGCAAUGCAGACCAGCUCUGCUAUAACACCAGAGGCUCCUACACCUGUCAGUGUCAUCCUGGAUACCAGAAACAUGGAGAACAGUGUGUGGAUAGAAAUGAGUGUAUGCUAUCACACUACUGCAUGCACAGUUGUGUGAACACUGCUGGCUCUUAUUACUGUGAGUGUAAAGAUGGCUACCAGCUCGCCAGCAACAACCACAGCUGUGUAGAUGUAAAUGAGUGUGAUCUGACUCAGCCAUGCCAACAUCAGUGUUUCAACCUCCUGGGCUCAUAUAUCUGUCAGUGUGAUCAGGGUUAUGAACUUACGUCAGAUUCGGUCUCUUGUGUGGACAUAGAUGAGUGCGCAUUCUCCAGCUACAUGUGCCAGUAUGUGUGUAUUAACAGCCCCGGUGGAUAUUCCUGCAUCUGCCCAGAGGGAUAUCAGCUGCAGAGAACAAGAAUGUGUCAAGACAUCAAUGAGUGUGACACAGGCCAUGAGUGUAGGGAAGAUGAGAUGUGCUGGAACUAUUAUGGAGGUCAUCGCUGUUACCCUCAGAACCCGUGUCUGGAGCCUUACGUGCUGACAUCAGAAAAUCGGUGUUCUUGCCAGUCUGCGGGUGCGUGUCGAGGCCUGCCGCAGUCUAUUGUUUACAAAUAUAUGAGCAUUCAUUCAGAGCGCACCGUACCAGCAGAUAUCUUUCAGAUUCAAGCCACAAACAUCUUCCCCAGUGCACACUACACCUUCAGGAUUAAAGCUGGAAAUGAUGGAGGAGAGUUCUUCCUUAGGCGGUUCAGCAGCAUUGGUGCGAUGCUGGUCUUGACAAAGUCCCUGGAGGGCCCCCAGGAGCUGAUCGUUGAUCUGGAGAUGAUCACUCAACACACAGUGAUGAACUAUCGCUCAAGCUCUUUACUAAGGCUCACCAUCAUCGUGGGACCCUACCCCUUCUAACACUACUGCUGCUUCACACAUUUAUACACAUACAUAGUGCUUGCAUUAAAGUUACACGCAGCAACGGUGAGAUGUUAUGAACUGCUGACUGUUCUAAUGUGUCUUUGUCUUACAGUCAUAAAAAAAAUAUCUGAAUCUUAUUCAGGGCUCCAGACUGCCACUAAAAUGGUUUCCAAUGUGACAAAAAAAAUUACAUUUUAUGUUAGUAAUUUAAAAUCUAAACACAAUAUUUCACUAAUAUUGGUUUUGUCAUAUUUCAUCUUCGUCUGUGUCGCAGGGUUGAUGGUGUAGAGAGGAUAUUUAGUGUGAUGGAUCUCCUUGAUCAACCACUGAAAAGUAUUCAUCAGCUGAGUAGAAUGGAUGCCUUUGAAUGAAUUUCUUCUGUAUGUGAAGGAUGGGUGAUUGUUUUGUCACACACAAGUACAGCACAUUUACAAAAAGCAUCAUCUUAUAAAGAGUUUAUUCACAUUUGCAAGUACUGAUUGCUUUCAGAGUUUGUCAGUCAAAAAACUGGGGACAGUUUAUAAGUUUGAGAACAAACAUCUCAAAUGCUUAGACAGCCACGGCGUCAUGAACUGAUGUGGUGGGAAUAACACGACUGGUGCCAUGCUUCAAUAUAAAAUGACACAAUUUUCUAUUACUAAACUAUAACCAUUUCUGAAAAUGACCAGUUAUGUUCUGUAACAGUUUUAUAUCAAAUGUAAAUUGGGAGUCUUUUUAAUCAGACAUUUUCAACAAAGAGUCAUUUAAACCACAUCACAGGAAAACCCACAAUUGGCACCUUUUUGUUCCAUUGUAAUCUUUUUCUCUCUCUCUCUCUUUUUUUUUUUUUUACAUCAAAAUCCUUUAGUUUGAUUGUGAUCAACACAAUGCUACAAAUGCUUUAAUUUGCAGUUUCAAAUCUUGCCUGACUGACAGGCUUUUUUAUUUUAUUUUUAAUCAGAGGCAUGUCAGUAAUAAUUGUGUGUCUGUUAUUUUCAGAGUGAAAUAACAUCAGCUAGAUUACUGCAGUCUAUUUGUAAAACUGAAAAGAGAUUACACUUAACUGAAAGUUGUAGGACAGCUCUUAAUUGGAUAAGUUGUGCAUAAACUUGUAAUAAUGAUCUUGACAAGGAGCCCUGCUAAUUUAAGAACAAGCAUUUACUCAGGGCCAUGUCUUCAUUAAAUGUGAGUCUUAAGUCGCCGGGGUAUAUUUUUAGCAAUAGCCAAAAAUCAGUGGGAUAUUAUGUAAAGAUCAUGUUCCAUGAAGAUAUUUUUUUUAAUUUCCUAUCGUAAAAGUAUCAAAACUUUUUUUUUGAUUAGUAAUAUUCAUUGCUAAGAAUUCAUUUGAACAACUUCAAAGGCGAUCUUCUCAGUAUUUAGAUUUUUUUUGCACCCCCAGAUUCCAGAUUUCCAAAUAGUUGUAUCUUGGCCAAAUACCGGCCAAUCCUAAUAAAUCAUACAUCAAUGGAAAUCUUAUUUAUUCAGAUUAUGUAUAAAUCUUACUUUCUAAAAAUGUGUGCACGUGACUGAAUGACUCUACUGUAUAACAGCUUUCUUUUGCUGAGUUUUGCCUAACUGUUGUCAGCAGACAGUAGUGUUUUGCAUUUUACAGUUUUUGGAGUCCUUUCUUUCUAACCCUAAUCUGCUAAUUUUGGUCACUAAUAGAUAUAAUACAGUGGUCAUAGAUUGAAGCUCAAAUUUGAGAUCUAUCAGUUGAUGUGUACUUUGUCAAACAUAGAAAGUGAAAGUGGUGACCUCUGUUAAAACUUUGCCAAAGUUGUUUGGGUAUCGUAUGUUGGUUAAGUUACAUUG